CGGCAAGUGUGUAGGUCAAGAUACGAUGUCUAAAAUAAAAAUUGAACUUCCGGAUGGGACGGAGACGGAAUGUAUCCACGCCUACGGGUUAACUUACAAUGCGGUUGUUCAAAAGUUUUUCAAAGACACAGAUUUAAAAACUCACAUUGAAGAAAUUCGAGAUUUGGAAAUCCGAGACGAUGAUAUAUACCUCGCUACGUUUCCAAAAUGCGGUACACAUUGGGUGUGGGAAAUUCUCGUGAUGCUUAAACGCGGAGACGCUGAAUAUGAUACUAGGGAGAAGGAGACAUUAUUCCUGGAUUUCAAAUCUUCUAAAGAGGUCGACAAAAGCCCGUCACCAAGAGUAUUAAACUGCCACUAUCCCAGUAAAUUAUUACCGAAGGGAGUCUUACAGAAGGGGACAAAGAUAGUGCACGUGAUGAGGAAUCCGAAAGAUGCAUUUGUAUCGUACUACCACCAUCACAAAACAUUUAAAACUGGACCUCUUGCGCAGAGCUUUGACAAAUACCUACCAUUGAUGACAGGAGAUUAUGGGAUAUACAUGUUUUAUCCAUGGUUUACGUAUGUUAAAGAAUGGGAGAGGUUUACCAAGGCGCAUCCUAAACAAAUUCUCAAUCUUUUCUAUGAAGACUUAAAAGAGGAUCCCGUAAGAGAGAUUAAAAAAAUCAACAAUUUUCUGGACACUGGGCGAAGUGAUGAACUUGUAAAGGAUAUUGCUAAAGCAUGUGAUUUCCAAAACCUUAAAAAAGCCGAUGCUGAAGUUAAAAUCAAGGAGGACCCUAAAAAACCUGCUGGAAAGCCGUCUCCAAUGUAUAGAAAAGGUCAAGUCGGUGACUGGAAAAACCAUUUUACAGUAGCACAGAACGAAAUGUUUGACGAGUGGCUGGCAGAAAAUCUUAUAGACACGGACCUUAAGUUUAGAUAUACACUAUGAGAAUAUAGAAAUACUUUUUUUCUAGGAACAAUAGAACAUUUAAAUACAUUUUGCCAAGUAUCUUAUUUGUAUUAAUAUAUGCUAUGUUGAUAUAUACUACACGAACAAAUUGAGUAUAUUAAAAUGUUUGCUUUACUUA